UGCACACGUGCAUCCAUUCUAGUUUUGUAGUGUGGGAUUUCUGACUUUCUGAAAUUCAUCGUAAUUUGAUCAGAUCUGAAAUUAUUGACAAAGUUUAAUAAUGGGGAAGGAGAAAAAGAAGUUCAAGAGUGGUAUAGCAACUAGCUUCAUAACAAGAGCAUCAGCUGUGAAGAGACUCCAGUUAAAUCUUGUCAAUUUCAGGAGGCUGUGUAUUCUGAAAGGGGUGUAUCCGGUUGAACCAAAGAGUAUCAAGAAAGCUGGAAAGGGGCAGAAACUUCACAGAACCUACUUCAGAUUCAAAGACAUCCAGUUCUUGGCUCAUGAACCCAUCGUUCAAAAGUUCAGGGAUCAUAGGGUUUUCGUAAGGAAAGUGAGGAAAGCUAAGGCCAAGCGAGAAUGGACAUCAUUGGACAGGCUUAAUCGAAAUGAACCCAAGUAUAAGCUCGAUCACAUUGUUAAAGAGAGAUACCCAACGUUCGUUGAUGCCCUCCGUGACCUUGAAGACCCUUUGACCUUGUGCUCAUUGUUCAGUACAUUUCGUAAGAAUGCCAAGGUGAAGAGCGAAGUUCUCCCCCUCUGUAGACGACUCGUCGUAGAGUUCAUGAACUAUGUCAUCGCAUCAAGGUCACUCAAAAAGGUUUUCCUGUCCAUCAAAGGGAUCUACUUCCAGGUGGAGAUCGAGGGACAGCUGUUAACAUGGCUCAUUCCGUAUAACUUUGGAUAUUCGGUGCCCGGUGAUGUUGAUUUGAAGAUCAUGUCUACAUUCACAGAGUUCUACACCACUCUCUUAGGUUUUGUCAACUUCAAACUCUUCACAAGUCUUAACCUUCACUAUCCUCCCAAGUUGUCAACAGUAGUACAGAGCACUAAAUCAGAAGCCGACCAGGUCGAAGAUGACGAGACGGUAGACGACCUUAUAGGUUCCUUUGUACAUGACCUUGUAAAGGUCAACCAGGGGUCAAGUAUCGAUGAUGAGGAAGAUGAAGCUAACCAACAGGAUCAAGACCAGGAAGAAGCUCUUAUUGCUGGUGGGACUGUAGAUGAGGAGACUGUGAAGAAAGCAAGAGAAGAGAGAGAUGAGAUGAAGAGAUUUAAGAAGUUAUUUGAAGGAUGCAAGUUCUUUCUUUCAAGAGAGGUACCCAGGGAAGCCAUCACGUUUGUUAUAAGGUGUUUCGGAGGACAGGUUUCUUGGGACAAGACAAUGUUUGUUGGAGCUCCAUACGAAGUGUCAGACGAGACCAUCACACAUCAGAUUGUAGAUAGACCUCAGCAAGAGAAACAGUAUUUAUCAAGGUAUUACAUCCAGCCCCAGUGGGUGUUUGAUUGUGUGAAUGCUCGUCGUCUAGUCCCAUUAGAAGACUACUUCCCCGGAGUUUCCCUACCCCCUCAUCUCUCACCGUUCGUUGAAGAGAAAGAAGGUUCUUACAGACCUCCUGAAAGGCUCGCUGGACAGGAUGAAACCAAGAAAACAGAAUCAGAUGAGGACAAUGAAGAGGAGAUAGGAGAGGAAGAGAUCAUCGGUGAGAGUGAGAAUGAAGAGGAUUUGGAGGAAGGCCAGAGUAGUGACGAGGAGGACGACGACGAUGAGACAAGUAUAGAGGAGGCCGAGAAGAAGAGGUUACAGCAGCUCAGCAAACAAGCACAAAAACAGAAGAUGAAGCUUUCUGUAGCAGCAGGAGAGGUUGAGAAGACUAAUCCUAUUUGGGAAGCCGAGAAGCUAGCAAGAAUGGAAAGGGGUUUACAGGAGAUGAUGAUACCAAAGAAAAGAAAGAGAUUGUAUGACAGGCUUAUGAAGAAGAAGAAAGAACAAGCUAAAGAGGUCCGGAAACUGAAGGAGAAGAGGUUGAAAUACGACCAGGAACAGAAAGCAAAGAAGAAGAUGACUGGGACUUAAGGAUAAAGGAAGGACCAAUAUCAAUAAUACCUUAUUAUAAGACUGUUAUGUAAUUAUGGACUCUGGUAUCUUGUAUCAGAAAACACUAGAGAUUCAGCAAAGGAUGUUUGACAAGGAUAUCAAGAGGACAUCAGUGUUUUACUCUCCUACACUGGAUAAAGUAGUGUAAAGAACAACACCAGUAAUUGUUGUGAGAAGACCUCACCUUCGAGUGUUAGGAAUACACCAAAGAGUUUGAAUACAACAUCAAAUGGUGAAGGUAUGGUAAACAGAAUGUGUUAUAAAAACACAAGUGUUGAACUAACACCAAGAAUUUAAAACUGGUGUAAAGUGCUUCGUGCAGUCCUCUCACAAUUGGCUGUGCAGUCUAAACACCAUCAUUAUUGCAGUCCACCUGAAAGCUGGUCUUUAUAUGCAGUGAAGACUUUCCAAUUAAAAAUAGAAUCGACAAGUUUAUUCUCUCAAUUU